UCACUGUAUAAUAUGUUUUUGUAGUGCCACCAAAAAUUGCAGGCCCAGAAAAGGUACUUUUAGAAGCACCAAUUCAUCGUCCGCUUACUGUAACAUGUGAAACAUUUGGAAAUCCUCAGCCAUCCAUAAUGUGGUAUAAGAAUGACUAUCCAAUUGACACGUCUAAUACUAGAGUAGCAUUUUCUCUUAAUAAUAAAGAACUGCAUUUUACACAUAUACUUACUGAGGAUGGAGGCGACUUAAUAUGUUUUGCUGAAAAUGAAGUAGGAAAAGCAAAAAAGCAUUUUGAAUUAGAUGUAUUAGAACCUCCAUCAAUUAUGCCUUCUAAAUCUCAAGUGGAUACAAUUGAAGGAGAAGCUAGUAGCUUAGAUUGUCAAGUUAUUGGAAAUCCUCAACCGACUGUACUAUGGUUAAAAGAUGAAAAAUUUUUAACAGUAAAUAGUUCAUUAAUUCAGGUAAGACUAUUCAGCAAUAAAGUAAAGCAAAGCCAUAAAAACUAAAAAAAUAUUAAAUAAUAAUACAAAGAACUGACUUAGAUGUGUUUCAUUGGCACUUUAUUCAAAUAAUAGUAUUUUAAUAAAUUUACCACUCCAAAGACCAUAAUAUCUAUACUUUUCUGCUUUCUUGGAGACUAAGCAAAUGUUUUACUUAAUACAGAAUACUUUUUGGGCUCCUAAUGAUGGACCAAAAGGCUCAUAAGUACUGUACUUGGGAUUAAGAAAGAUAUUUGAUUUAUCUUUGUAGUAGCUUAAAAUGAAGAUUUAUGACACUAUAGCAGUGUCAUGCUGUGACAUUUGAUGAUAGGGAAACUGCGUUUCUGUAAGAAGCCAGGGGCAGUCAGUUAAUUGCAUGUCAGUGACAGUUUAGGGU